AUGAGUAGGAAAACAAGUGAUGUUUGGCAUCAUUUUACGACAGUUAAUAGUAAAACAGCUAAAUGCAAUUACUGUUCGGUUUCUUAUUCUUUUAGAGGUGGUUCAACCGCAAAUCUCAGUAGGCAUUUGAAAAGAAAACAUAUUAUUCAAUAUGAGGUUAGGAAAAAAGUUCGCACUGAAAUAACUCACGAUUUAGAUCUGGAGGAUAAUAUUGAUGAGCCUAAUACAAUUUCCGUCCAGCAAAAUACUGAAACACAAAAUCAACCGUCGACAUCUUUAUCUCUGACAUCUAAAACAACAAAUACUCCUCUUAAAACAUCUCAAUCUCAAACACUGAUAGACUCAUUUAUAUCAAGACCACUAUCUAUGAAUAAAUCGCGAAAAAUUGACGAGCAGUUAGGAACUAUGAUCGCAAAAGAAUUUCAACCAUUUAGUCUUGUUGAAAACAUAGAAUUUAGAAAAUUUGUUAAAAUGCUAAAUCCUAGUUAUUCAAUUUCUUCAAGAAAAACAGUUUCUAAGUCUAUCAUACCACAGUUACUAGAAAAAACUAAGCAAAAAGUAAAAGCUAAUUUAAAAAAUUCGGAAUACAUCGCAUUUACUACAGAUGGUUGGACAUCUUUGAACAACGAUAGUUUCGUUGCUAUAACAGUUCAUUAUAUAGAUAAUAUAGAAUGUGUUUUAAAAACAUAUUUAUUAGGAUGCUAUUAUUAUGAAAAAUCCCAUACCUCAAUUAAUUUAUCUGAAUUUAUGAAUGCAUGUUUUAAUGAGUGGGAAAUAUCUGAAAAAAUAAAAAUUGCCGUUAGUGAUAAUGCAGCUAAUAUUACGAGUGCUAUAAAUUUAAAUAAAAAUUGGUGUCAUAUUCCAUGCUUAGCACACAUCAUUAAUUAA